AGAUUUUAUCAAGUCAAGGACGAGCCAGCCAAUUUGAAUUGAAUGCAGUGGAGAUGUGAAUUCUCUACUGUAGUAAUUGAAAAUAAUAGACCGCUUCAUACAUAGCACCUCCCUUCCGCUCCCUACAAAUAAUUAGAAAAAUAAUAUAAGAAAAUGUCGAAAGUUUAUAAAACACUCGUUACUGCUGCAGACAGAUUCGUCCCUUCAAAACUUCGUCCGCUAUGGGAGCAUGAAGCUGGUCCUAAAACCAUAUUUUUCUGGGCACCUGCGUUCAAAUGGAGUUUGGUGUUAGCGGGUUUGGGUGACUUGAAUCGGCCAGUGGAGUCUCUUUCCAUCCCCCAGUCCAUAUCCCUCGCGGCCACAGGCAUUGUCUGGUCCCGUUACUCCCUAGUUAUAAUUCCAAAGAAUUACAGUCUAUUCGCUGUAAACGUCUUUGUUGCAAUGACCAGUUUGUAUCAAAUAGGACGAGCGAUAAAGUAUCAGCAGUCGAAGAAACAGGAGAAAUAAGUUAAAUACGGGUUGUUACGGGUUUUAAUUAGGGUUGCCAUUGGCACAUGAGGUAUUGUAGUUAAGAUAUUGAAGUACUUGAUAUAGAUGCCAAAUAGGUUAAUAUAGGUUUUAAAAAUGCAGUUACAAUAUUUUUUUUAAUUUCGUACAACUUUUUUUAUGAAGUUAAUUUCAAGAAAUAAAACAUUUAAUCACGUGAUAAAAUCAAAGUUAACAGCUUCCAAUGCGAUUUCGGUAAUUGAUAAUCGGUUGUAACUGUUUCUAUAUUAUUUCAGUGCUAUUAUGGUCAACCCUAAUUUAGUAUAAUUUGAUUAUAUCAAUCUCAGUGGGUGUGAGAAUUAUGCAUUAUUUAAUAGAAAUAAAUACGAGGUCGCAAGUAGUGGGAUAUAGUUCUAAGUAGACCUUUUAGGAAUUAAAGUUUAUCAGGAGUUAACUGUUUAAAGUAUUGGCUCAAAUGUGAAGCAAGUUGAGCAAAAAAUAUUCGGUCCUUAAUUAAUGACGAAAUAGUGAAAUAUUUCCAGUUAUACCAUUUGUACACAUAGUACAAACGAGUAUAUUUUACAAAAUAGUAUAUACCUACAACUUUUUUGUAGUUAUUAUUUAUUUUUAUAUUAUUUAUUUAGCCUAGUUAGCAUUGAAACAGACUACCAUGACAGUGCAAAUAUGAAUAACGAUGUCUCUUCCUAAUUAAGCGAAACAAUGGGAAAAUCAUUUAGGGUGCUGCCACACUGGAGGAUUGCAAGCGUUUUCCAAGCGGAGCGGCCGCGCGGUAAAGACGUUGCGGUAUCGCCACUUGCUCACACAUCCGGGACUCGUACGCUGCGUGGACGCUCCGCUUUAAAAACGCUCGCAAUCUGCCAGUGUGGCAAUGCCCUUACUUAGUGCCCUUAAAUCUUUAAAUACCUAGAUAAAUAUCACAUUAUCCGAACAGAGUGAAGGAAAAUUGAAAAUGAUGGUGUUCCCUUAUUUAUUACCACAAAUUGUUGUUAAUUAUUUUUUGUUUUCGACUAUUUGGUUGUGGGUCUUCACAACUUGUGAUAUUGUUCUCUAAAAAUGUCUUCUCAACUUGUGAUAUUGUUCUCUAAAAAUAUUUUUCACAAGCUUUGUUAGUUGAUAUAUUAUAACUUAACGGAAUUCAGGGGGUUAUUCCUUAAUUUAUUACUACUUACUUAAAUCGGUGAAACGAAUGAUUCCGUUGGAUAUCGAGCGAAAAUCUUUCGAACGUUUUUGAAAACCGUAAUUCUCCUAAUUGCUUAAAUUGUUUAAUAAAAAUUAAGCCAUAGAGCUGAAAGUAAAGAGCGUUUCAAUCUUUUUAGACUCUUGGCUCUGUUUACCCCGUAAGGGAUAAAAACGAUGAUGAUGAAAGUACGAAUAUAAGUUAUAUAUUUCAACUAACAAAAGUAUUCUCUAUGUGACGUUAAGUACCUAAUCUUCUGUACAUUGUUAUUUAUUAGUGUGCGAAAUACUAAAAUGUGAUAGUUUCGGGUCUGGAAAUGUAAUCGAAGAUGUCAUCAAAUCAUGUAUUAAUACUGUUUAUUUUUGUAUACCUUUUACUUGUGAUGAAUAUACGUUUGUUAUUUCA